UCCCCUCCAACAUCUAAGCGAAUCAAGACUUCCAUCUCUUCCAACGCACCAUCACACCUGAUAGCUCAACAGCAAGUCAAUCCCUUUUCAAGAGUGCCUUCGUUCGAGGGCAUUCCUAUGCCCCAAACUCAGAUUCCUCCCCAGAAUCCGCGCAAACGCCGUGCUUCCCCCCAGUCAGGCUCUGCGGCUACCAUGGCGGCGCCAGGCGCGGCUCCGGCGACGGGAGAAACUGCGCACGAGCAAGGGCCUGGAGGAUCGGAGCCUGCCCCUAAGAAGAAGGGGAGGACCAACACUCCGUGGACUGCCGAGGAAGAGCAGAGGCUGAAGACCAUGCGCGACGCGGGUCGCACCUGGAGCGAGAUUGCCAAGACAUUCCCUGCCCGGACCGAAGGCAGCGUCAAGAAACAUUGGUACAAAGACAUGCACUAUGCCGAAUUUGCUGAAGACGAGUCCGUAGCACUCCGGGAAGCGAUUAGGGAAUACGAUGCAAAUAAAUGGAAGGCGAUUGGACUGAAAGUCGGAAAGCCAGCCAAGGCGUGCGAACAAUAUGCGAAAGAACAUUUCAAGGACCUUUAG